AUGUAAUAAUAAUAUUAGGAUGCUGAGUAUUUUAGAAAAAAAGAUGAAUAUCGUUUGAGAUCAUUUAAACGACUUAAAGAUGAAAUAGAAAAUAAAUGCAAUAUAGUAAAAGGAAGAAGUAGAGAAAUCACAGUAAAAAAAAAGCUUAAGCCUUAUAAAUCAUUAGAGGCUAAAUUUUAAGAACACUCAGACACUUUUAGAACUCGCUUUGUGAAUUCUUAAUUUUCAAACAUUAUUAAUGAAGUAAGUCACACUUGUGAGGAUAUUGUAUCAAGUAUAUCAAGAAUAAAAAAUGAGGAUAAAUAACGUAAUCGUGAUAUUUAAGCUUUACUUAAAAAAAUAGAUAAUCCUUCUGAACUGAAUAUUUCUAGAUGGUAAACUGAUAGCAAAUACAUUGAAAUUAAGGAAGAAUUAAUAAAAAUGUAAUAAGACUAGGGUUUACCAGAUUAUUGCAAAUUUUGUUUAAUAAAUAGUAAAGAUUCAAUGAAAAGGAUGAAUAGAUCAAAUUAAGAGAUAAAGGAAACAAGACUUUUAUUUUAAAUGAAAGAUAAAUUAACACCUAAUUAAUUAAAAAAGUAUAUGGAAUAAUUGUUAAAGAAAUAUCAACGAAUUUAGUAAGAUUAAGAAUUAGAACCUAAUGGUGUAGGAUGGAAAUUAAAAACUAAAUUGUAGCCAUAUCAAAAUAGUGAUGAUUGGGUUGUUAUAAGAGAACAUAUGAUAGAAAAAAAAGAACCAUCUAUGUAAGAUAAGAUAAAGAAGGCUGAGAAAACAUUCAAAAGAUAAUUACAUGAAUAAAAAUAUAGAGAUGCAGCAUUUAAACAAUUAAAAUCUUAGAAUGAAGCAAUAUUACAAUUCGAGAAACGAGUAUUUAAAACAGAACCAGAAGAAGAUUUAAAGGAAUAAUUUUAAAUUAGGCUUUAAGAUGCAAAAUGGUUUUGUGAAGAGAAUGCAAAAAAAAUUGAUAAUUGCAAAACUGAUCUAAAGUAACAAUUAUACUAAAUAAAACGAGAACAUGAUCGAAUUUAUAAAAAUGAAAACACCUAUAUAAAUAGACUACUAUCUUCGUGA